AUGAGCCAUGAGUGUACUGCUGCCAAGUAUUCUGAAGAGAGGGGGAAUCGACACGUGUACAAGGUGAGGCACUUCCUCUCCGUCAAUACUGGUGUUAUAAACAUAUUAUCAGGAGUUCAUAAAGUGAGACGAGAUCCUGCGUAUGCAGAAAAAAGCCCGUCAGAGUUUUCUCGUCAUGUUGGCAGCUCCCUUAGAAGCAGGAGAUGUUUCUUUACUCUUCUGAACGCUACACUUUUCCUAUCUUCAGAAGACAUGGAAGACUCUAUUAGGGCUGCGAUCCGUCGUUCUGGGUAUAAGGCUCGGAGGCAAGCUAUAAGCAGGAGCGUGGGUGUGUGGGCAAACGAGUGUGUGGCUAUGGAUCAUGUUUCUUUGGAGUACCGCACACUCCAUAAUAGCUCCACGUUCCUUCAGCAGCUCUCGGGCUUCAUAUCUAUUACUCUGUGGCGAGUACUAAAGAGGAACCUUCAAUUCCUCAUACCCUUUCAAUUUCAUGUUUUUGAAAGGCUUGUGAAGCCGGCCUUCACGCCAUUGUAG